AUGCGCCAGCUGUAUGUGGACUACGAGAACAAGUGCCAAAACUUCAUCAGGCAGGCCGUCCCGGUCAUCGACGCCCUGUACGGCGCUCACCAGGAGAAGGCCACCUUCCCGCUCGAAGUGCACAUCUUCUACCGGGCCGACACGCCGAAGAAAGCGCUCCCGCCCGAGCGCGAGUGGCUCGUUCACCACGCGGUCCGCUCGACAGCGAAGAACGCAGCCGACAAGGCCCUCCUGAGACAAGUGGUCAGCCAGUUGAUGCCGUACGUGAGAGAUGCGACCGCGUUCAAGCAGAAGGCCAGCACCAUGACCAUCGUAUGCGGAGGAGACAAGAUCUACGAGAAGAAGUUUGGCGAGUGGAUUCGCGUCGUGCUGGUGCGUUAG